UGGAACGUCAUGCUGACCCAUAAUGCUCUAGGCGCGCAUGCGCAAAAGUGAGCUGCGCCUUUGCGGUCCGUGCUCGACAGUCAGUCUUGCGGACGCGCGAUUCACGUUUAGUGCGCAGUUUUGGAUGUGCGAACCGACCGAAAUCGUCGACGGUCGUAUGUUUAAUCGUGAUAUUUGACGGAAGAACUUGAUCUCUUAUGCGGUCGACUGGUGCCUCGUGGUGUGACGCUUUCUGCUAAGGUCGUGGUGGCACGUUUCGCUAUGUCGCAAGUGCUUUGGUCGCGAGAGGCACAGUGACGACUCGCCCGUGAGACUGCCGACAUCCUCGACAGCCCUGUGAUGGAGUCUAUCAGAAAAUGGUUCUACAGGCCUAAGAGGGACGACACGAGUCUGCUCGCACAGUUUUUCUACGCGGACGAAUCGUUGAACGCGGUCGCGUGCGAAUUGGAUUCGUUCGACGGUCGCCAGGAGCCGGAGCGAUGCACCACGUUGGUGAAUCAGCUGCGCCAUUGCCAGGACAAGGUGUUGACGAUAUGUAGCCAAAUAAUGGACGACCUGAUACCCGAGAGCCGAGCGAACCGAGACUUCAGAGUGAAGUUUCCCGAUGACGUGAUGCAGGAGAAUUUAGCAGGACAGCUGUGGUUCGGUGCGGAAUGUCUCGCUGCAGGAUCCUCCAUCAUGAACAGGGAAGCUGAAAGUUCAGCGAUGAGACCACUCGCUAAGGCUUUGACAAAGUCGUUGGAUCUCGUCAGGAAUUUGCUCAGAGAGCAUGCGUUGAAAGGUCACAUGAACCUCAAGUAUCUCUUUCAGACGCAGAACCCUUUGGAUCCGUCUCUAGAGAAGCUGAUCGAGUCGUUGAAGAUCUUCGAUCGUCUGUUCGCUGAUUUUGAACUGUGCUACGUGGGCGCCAUGGUGCCGGUGAAAUCGACGAAAGAAUACGAGCAGCAAGAGCUUGUGUGCGUUUUAUUUUCGGAGACGUUGCAGAGAGCACUCGAGCGCGGUUUGCUUAGCCAGGCUGAUGUGGACAAUUACGAGCCAGCCCUGAUGUUUACCAUUCCUCGUUUGGCGAUUGUUUCUGGCCUCUUGGCUCCACCCGGGGGCCCACUGUGCCUCAAUUCCCCGGACAACAUCAGCGAAAUGUUUAGACCUUUUAGGACGCUUCUUUUAAAAAUAAGAGAGCUUUUGUGGACGUUAAACAACCGCGAACUGUACAUGUUGGAGAAGCUGUUGUGCUCGAACGAGGAACCGUCGGCUCCGCUCACGCAGUCCUCGAAGUCCGCGUGCCAAGACAUUCCAGACCUCGAGGAGUUCGUUCACAAUUUUUAUACCGGUUACCCGAACUGCAAAGACUUCAUCGUAGAUUUUUACACAGUGACGAGAAACACCGGGAACAACAUGGACGAGGUGGCGAACGACGUUGUCCGAACGUUGGACGACGAAAACGAGGACGCGAAUCGUUUAUCGGAACGGAACAGCGAUCAGGAGAGUGAGAGAUACGAGACCAAGAAUAGUAGUAUAGAAAUUGGGCCUAAUCGCUUAAACAUAUCUACGGACGUGUUUGAGGAGACUGUGAUGUGUAACGGUGAUGGGAGGACAUCCAGUGAUCGGGACAGUGUUCGCGACGAAGUGCAAUAUCACGUUAAGAAAGGGUGUAGUAGUUCGAGCAACGGUAGGAGAUCCUCUUGCGACGACGAUAGUCCUCGCUCGAGGAUAAUCGAGGUGAACGCGAAUCUUUUGAUAGAUCAAAGCAACGCGAGCCAAAUCGUCACCGAAGACAACGUUUCCAGCGUGAACGAGAACAGACGUGACGACCAACUGCAUAAACAAGAGGAACUAACCGCUUCUGAUAUAUCCGAGAUACUCGGCACUUCGGAGAACAUCGAAAUCCCACAGACACAGUACCUGCUGAACCAAGUAUCGCACGAGAACAAUGUGUCCGUUGAUACCGUGCACAUUCAGAACUCUUUGCCGGACCUCGACUCGAGGAAACUCAUUUCGGAGGCAAAUAAAACGUUAUCGAACCUCCUGCUAGACGGAGAGUGCCAGAACGAGAUCUCCGAGCAAACUGAUUCAGGAAUUUGCACAGUAAUUUCAUCGGAGAACACCAGCCUCUACGAUAAGAGCCCCGAAGAGAAGAAAACGUUCGCCAACGAGAUACAACAGGAUGAGCAGGUGUUGGACGAUGAUGACACGCAAGAGAAUACCAGUUACUCGUGCUCGAAUCUGAACUCCCCGAAGAGGAAAAGUUCUACCAUAUCGGACAACUCGUGUGUCUGUAGCUUGCGGAAUGUAAAGACGGUCCCUUGUCUGGACCACUCCAUCGAGGUACACAAUCUGCACGCGGCUAACACGGAAGGAGCGAAGAACGUUCCAAGAAUAUCGUCGAAUUUCGAUGGAACGAACGAAGAGUUCGUCGGGGUUGCCUAUGGCAAUGGACAGAUAUCCGUGUGCGAUUCGAACCAGUCCAGCUUCCAGAUCAACUACUCUGAGAACUGGGAGAACCUGAACCUGAGUAUCGACGCGUCCACGUCGAGGAGGGAAUUCUGGAGCGAUUUAAAGUGCGAGAAUUGUCCAUCCACGUCUCAGAACAUGGACAAGGUCGGCACGAAAAUCGAGCAGUACGCGCAGGACAAAGUGAUCUCGAGGAAGGCGAGGGAUGAGAGACAGAAACGGCGACAUCAGCGUAAACACGAGAGGAACAGCCAAAAGAUCCAUCAGGAGAACAGAAUGCAGAACUUCCAGAACGCGAAGACGUCAGCAAGCACUGAGAGUUCUAGAUCAAACUCGACAGAUCGCUGUUUGAACACCAGGCUGAUCAGCUACGGUGCUAGUUUGCAUCCCAGCCAGAACACUAGACAAAUGCCGAACUUCGGGAGUCACAGUCCUCGUGCUAGUCCUAGGCUGCAACACUUUGAAACGCGUUGCACGGCUAGUCAGAGGAACUGCAGUAUCGCCUCCAGAACACAGAGAAACCUAUCCCCUCAGAACAGAAAGCUUCUGGAUCACAGAAGGUCUAGGUCCGAACAGAUGAACAGAAUAAAGAGGAGGGAUCUGGAGAAGAGGGACAAGUACGAACGGGCGAACCCCCGAGCGGAACAAACGAAGAGGAAAUUGGGCAGUAGAAGUCCUAGUGAACUGAUGAACGACGGGUUGGGACCAAGGACGGAUAAAAGUGGACUGGCGAACGAGCCGGUUUCUCCUACGACGACGCAGAGCUUCUCGUAUGGGACGCAAAAAGACAAUAACUCGCAGCGAGCCACGCGAGCGGUAAGACUGGUGAAUGCGUCCACGGUUCAAGGAACACAGUCGUUCAGCUCGGAUCAGUCGUCGUUGAUCCAGAAGCCGGAUCUAGGAUCCAGUUCUAGCUGUUCGAGUUGCUGCGAUUCCAGCUCGGAGACUAGCGAGUUCCAAAGCGAGUGUCAGGACGAUGAAGAAAUCGCUCUGGCCAUGCAGGCCGCGGAGAUUGCGAACAGAAAUCAGAUUCGGGCGAAAUUUCGGUCAUCAGAGGAUCUCGUGCAUCGAUUAUUUGUGUGCAUAGCCGGCGUAGCAGAUCAGUUGCAGACGAAUUUUGCGUCUGAUUUGAGAAACAUCUUAAAGUGCGUGUUCCUUAUGAACAGUAGUCAAACCAUGGAAGAAGGUGAAGCAAAAGACGAAAGUUUAACAUCGGAGAAUCAGUUGGGUAACCUUCUAAAUGAUACGGGUACUAAUCACGACCGACAGGACUCGUUGCAAGAGUAUGAAGACGAUUUGGAAGAGACCACCGCAGCUAAUGACCAAAAUACAACUUCUCCAGUGACCGAGCGAGGUGAAGAGUGCGUAGAAAGAGCUCCAGCCUGGAUUCCAGACAACGAUGCACCAAGAUGUAUGGCUUGUCAAGCAGGCUUUACUGUGGUUCGACGUAGACACCAUUGCAGGAAUUGUGGCAAGGUGUUCUGCGGUCGUUGUAGCAGCAACAACGUUCCCCUGCCACGCUACGGGCACAUGAAACCCGUACGAGUGUGCAACAGGUGUUUUCUGUAUCAAGUAACACCGUUUACGGUGUCCCAAGUGACGCCAGCGAGCUGAACUUUACCUGAACGAGGUAUAUAGAUUAGGGAAUCGUUCUGUUCAUUCGUCUCUGAUGUUCUUAUCGAAAUUUAACGGCCACUAAAUGGUGUACUCGCGUGGAUCGUUCAUUCGUUUUUCUCUUCUGAUUAGGGAUUCAACGUUUCGAGCUUUCUCUCUUUAGAUACGUGUUAAACGCGAGCAUGAAUGUACAAGAUGUUGAGAAAGUAACCGUUAUGGUUUACAGAAGUGAUAUACCUUACAUCAUUAUGGAUCUGUAAACGAUUACUAUUGCUAUCUUGACAACUCGUACAGGUUAUGGUUGAAAUUUGUGGUUGAACCGAGAAAGUAUGAUGAAUUCCUUGUGUGAAUGUCAUGUGGAAAGAUGGAACAAAAUUUUGUAACACGAGCCUUCGUUUUUGAGCGAAUGAUGGUCUUGAAAAUUCGUUGUGUACCUGUGUAGGAAGGUUGAGGUUUGUUGUAUGAUAAGAAUGAUUUGUUGUAUUUGCCGUUUUUACAAGCUGCUAGGAUUAGGAAAAUAGUGGAAGAGUUUAGGAAAGUUCGUUUAUUUCAUUAACCCUUUCGCUACGACAAUAUUCGAAAAUUUAUUGAAAAUAAAAUAAAUUUUUAAAAUAACAUUUGUGAACUUCUCUAUGUUAUUUUCCACCCUAAAGCAUUCAUUGCGCCACACACGGUGCAGUGAUUGCAAUUAAAUACUUUAAUAGAUUUGAUUUAAUGUACUGAAUAAACGGAUUGUAAAAGUUUAAUCAAAAUCUCGUUAUGUCUUUGUUAGCGUUUAUAAAAUGAUAAAUGUAAAUUGGGUGAUACGGUGCAAAUCUCAGCGAAUAUUCAAAACUAUUUUUUUUUCAAAAACGAAGCUUCUCGUGAGCAUAUUGUAAUUCACAGCUUUACACGAGGAGUCUAUGAUUUUUCUUGUUACUCCACAAAUUUUUGGCCCGGCUUGUAUUAUAUAAGUAUAUUAAAAUGAUACUGUUACGUUUUUUCGAUUUUCAUUGGAAUCAUAAUGAAAGUUGCAUGGCGUAUCGUUUUUAAAAUAAUUGGGAUAGCUUGUAAUACUUUACCUACUUGAGGAAUUAGAAAGAAAACAAUUUCAUUUUUCUACUGUGAUCUUUAUUAAAAAUACGAAUAUAUUUCUCGACAAAUAUUAGUUCUGUUACCAUACAUUUUUGUUUCCUUUGAUUUUGCUUUUUUUUUUUAAAGCACAUUUUCUUUUGUUUAGAGCAAUUUCCUGAAAUCCAAAAUUCAGUAUUUGCUCACAAUUAUUAUUUUAAUAUAUUUUUGAUAUAAUAGUUUUUAUUCUAAAAUCUUUACAGAAAAGUUUCUAAAUAAAAGGAAACGUUGCAUGGAAAUCAGACAUAUAGAAAUACGAAUAGAAGAACUUCCUUUUAUAUUUACACAUAGUGAUAGUGGAACGAUUGUUAUUUUUCUCAAUUAGAAAAAUUGUAUUGAAAAUUAGUGCCAGAUUUUUAGCACAAGCUAAACAAGAAAAGAGGAAAACGGAAAUCGAAAUGACGUCGACAUUAUCCAAGAUCGCUAUUUGCGUUAUUUGUAUAAUUACGUACACUUAAAACUCGUGAAGUUAAGAUAUAUAUCGCUAAUAUUUUUACACGUCGUGAUCGAACGUUUCUAAACGGAGCUAAUAUCCAAAAGCAGUUGUACUAUAGCUUAACCUCUUGCGUAGAUUAUAAGAUUUUGCAAAAAAAAAGAAAGACGGACAAACAUUAUCGUUUAUUUCUCGUUUAAGACACGAACCUUCAAAUUAUUUAUUUUUAUUUCGAUUUAAGUUUAGUCUUCCUGAUGAUUUAUGGAAUAAUAAAAAAAAACUCUGUAAUGAUUAUAAUUUGCUUCACAUACUUGUUAGUAUAUGCGACUAGAUUUUUUAUUAUCUUCGUCUACGUUCCGUUUAUAUUUUUAUCUUCUGUUAAGAAUGUUUUUUUAAUGUAUGCAAUUUUGUUAAUCAUGUCAUGGUAUCUUUUUAUUUACAUAGAAAAUCUUUUGUAGACGAAAUUUUGUUAUAAAAUGUAAGUUACGACAAUUGAAAGACAACUUCGAUACACAAAAGUAACGCAUGUUCGAUAAAAACAUUUGUCUCGUUUGAUUUAUCUGAUAACUGAAUUAUAAUGUUUUGUUACGUUUAUAUUGGGGUCGUGUUAGGGGUCUUUGUGUUCAAUAUGUAUAGCGUCGAAUGAAUCCGUUAAUUUUUAGCGAGAAAGAGAUAUCUAUCAAAUAAUUUAGAGAUCAGGAAAAUUUGUAGAAAUAAAUUUUGUUGUAUAUC